AAUGGGUUGGUUUAGUAACUUCGACUACUCUAAGUGGAAGGAAGUAGAGACUGUCAACAAGUAUGCUCUGUUCAUGGGAUACAUGUCAAUGGCUGUGCGUGGAAUGGGCUAUCUUGUGUUUUUAUGGACAACCGUUAUCCUCCUUGGUGGCUUUGUCUCGGCGCUAGAGAAGAUGGAUUUUUGGUGCCUCACAAUAAUUACCCUCAUUCAGACAGUCGGGGUCGUUGGUACUGUAUUUCUGAGGAAAAAUGUUAAGAAAGUUGUGUCAUCUUACCGCAAAGGCUUCGUCUCAACAAUAUAUACUUUUUACAUACCCAAAAAAAGUGAGAAAGACAAAAACAAUAAGAAUGCUUAUGGUAACGAUGGGCGCAUGACUAUUAACAAAAAGGAAGACUUACACCGUAGAACAGAGGAAGUAGACCAUUGGUGGCCGCUGUGGCUGGGUAGAUCAGUGGCGUUUGUCGCUUACCUGGUCCAGCAACUGGUGUUCGCCGUCGUCGCAGGGCCUCUGGUACUCGCCGUGACGGUGCUCUACUUCUGCGGGCUGGUCAUCUCCACGGGCCUCGCCGCCUGGCGCCUGCUCCGCCGCGACUACGGCGGGGGCGGCGUCAACCUGCAGGCGGCGCUGGACGUGCUCUACGGCCUGGUGCUUCUCCAGGGCGUGCUCUCCUACUACCGCUUAUCCUCGCGCUUCUGUGAGAGGAGGCUGGCGCACGACGUGGCGAAGGCGUACGCCCUCCCCGACCCAGAGGUGUACCGAUCCAACACCCAGCGAUGGCGCUAUUACACCGCGCGCGAUUCCUUGCGUAGAUACAUCCGUGAGACUAGGAUCGGGUGCGAGAAGGAUCCGUCCUUCGUCAAGCGAUGGAACCUGGUGAAGUACGCUGUGGAUGCCAUGAAAGAGGCCGAAACACCGCACUGCUCGCAGUUCGUGCAUGGGGCGAGCAUCCUGGACGCGCUCCUGGCAAACCCGGAGCUCCAGGAGCAACACACGCUCAUCAAGGAGCAGGUGAUCCAGUCGCCGUCCGCCGGCGACCUGCUCCGAAAGCUGCUGCAGCUGGCGGACACCCGGCGGGGUUACCCGAAGAUGUACGGCGUGUGGGUCAUGGCGCACCUCGCCGGCGACCUCCGCCCGGAGCAGCUCCAGCUCCAGCUCCCGCGAGGGAGCGACCUGUUCCGCUGUGUCGCCUCGCUGGUCCGGGUCCCCGGCGACGACAAGGACAUCGGGUUCGAUUUUCUGCAAGACGUGGCCGCGGCGGGCCUGAGUCUCCUCGGGAAGCUCGUCGCCCAUGACGACGGCUGGUGUCGUGCCGUCGCUGACAACGAAGACAUGGUCGGCAGCGUCAUGGUGCCCCUGCGCUGCGAUCCGGACCACACGAGGUUCCAGCAUGGCGAUACUAGGAGUAGUAGGGAUUACAUGCGCAUCAGGGAGCGGAUCGGCGCGUCCGUUCAGGUGUUGCGCCGCCUGGUGGCUGCUCCUGGCGACGCCGGCGAGAUGGUGCGCCGUCGAAUCUCAGGCCGCAGGGACGUGAUGGCCAGCAUGGAGGCGAUUCUUCGCUGCGACGAAUGCGAUGACUGCCGGCUCAUGGAAGGAGCACUGGAGAUCUACACCCUAUUACGCGGGGAAGACGAACCUUCGAUCAUAACAACAAUGGCAGGGCAUUUCAUCAAGAGGUUGGUACUCAUCUUCGUUAAACGCACCACUCAGGACGAAGACACCAUUUUGGCCGGUCAAAUGCUUGCAAAGAUAUCUCGCGAUGGCAAAGAAAACACCAGGAUAAUCCUGGAAGCGAAAGCUGAUGUGGUCAAUGAUCUCACCGGAAUACUUGAAGGCAAAUCCACCAAGUGCGGAAUAAUCGCAGCGCAAAUCCUGGAGCAGCUGUGUAUUCAUCACACUGAUGAUGAUGAUGAUGUUGUCCACAAACUCAAAGAACAUCUGAAGGAUAAGAUCCCAAAGAUUCUUGCAGAGACACUUCCUACCAAUGGAGAAUAUUAUUUUUGGUACGAACGGAACAGAGAAAUCCUGGAAGCAGUUUUAUCUGUAAUUGUGGCGAUGUCACGCAACUUAAUGAAAGCCCAAGAUUUGGCCGCUCUGUUUGAUGCCAUUACCAGUGAAGACUCGGCCGGUUUCAGCAUUCUAGACAAACUAAACCAGCUGUUCGAACAAUUAACAUGGGUCAUUACUGCCCACAUAAUGGGAGCAUUGAAGCUUGUCAUGGAGGUAUUCAUCCUAACCGCUAGACAUGGAAGCCAUGACGCCACGAAACACACGAGGAGAUUAAUGGGAUCACUGGCAGAUGCUGCCAAGCAAAUCGCAAACAGUGAGGACAUCAUGGUUCUCGCUGGCAGUUGCAGCGGCCAAAAGACUAUAAUUUCCCUCGCGGAAGAACUCCGAGCUGCAGUGGACAACCUCCAGCGCAGCAGAGAGCAUGCACCGGAAAUGGCGGUGGUAAUUGACCAUCCUAGCUCUGUCAACGCAACCCAGAUUAAUUACUGAGUAAACCAUAUUCGUUCGAUCAAGAAUAAAAUCAUAUUCAGCCUGUACUUUGUUAUAAUACGUGAUCUUAAUAUUGUAAAACGUACAGUGGGCCAUGAAAACCUGACACAUGUCUCUAGUAAAAAGUUGGCACGUAAGCCUCCACGCCAUGCACAGAGUAAAAGUGUGUUUGGUUGGUCUCUACUCAACGCGCGCGCGUGUGUAAUAUAUCUUGUGUUCUCGUGGUCAACCGUUAUCCUCCUUGGUGGCUUUGUGUUGGCGCUAGAGAAGAUGGAUUUUUGGUGUCUCACAAUAAUUACGCUCAU